AUGAGAGCACUAGUGGGUGCACCAUUUCUAACAGCUUUUAAGUUCCCUAAUGGCACAGUAAACCCACCACACACCCAUCCACAAGCUUUGGAGCCGUUGUUUGUUCUCAUGGGUUCUUUAGAAGUUGGGUUUGUCGACACUACUAAGAAUCCAGCUUUAGCACUCUCUGCAUUUGUUGAAAAGGCCAAGUACAUCUAUAUUGCUGGCUUUUUCCUUAUAGUGUCUCCUGAAUCAAUCCAGCUUGUAGCUGAGCAUGCAGCUGCAGCCAACAAGGCUGCACCUACCCUGAGAAGCCUUACUUUAGCUAGAUUUCUUCAAGAAUGUGGUGGAUACUCGCCAUUCCAAUAUAAGGAAAUCUCGGCACCUUUAAAAGCUCCAAAACGGUACCGAUGCAAAGCUGGAGUGUCUUUUGGUUUUGGUGGGAAACUAGCUCGUUCCUUUUUCACACAACUGGAUCUUCAUCUGGAGCUUCAGAGGUAA